CUUUGGAAGUAGUUUUGAGGAUAUUUAGAGCAAAAAGAAUGUUUCCAAAUUUUCAUGUUCGUCUGUCUGGAUUAAUACCUGAUGCUCAUUAUAUGUUAGCGUUGGAUUUUAUACCAUGUGAUGAGAAACGUUAUCGAUAUUCAUUUCGUACUUCAACUUGGGUUCAUGCAGGUAAAGGUGAUCCACAAAUUACACCACGAAUACAUUUACAUCCAGAUGGAAUAGCCAGUGGGACGUAUUGGAUGCGUCAAGCAAUAUUAUUUGAUAAAUUAAAGUUAACCAAUAAUCCAUUUGAUCAAAAUGGCCACAUAAUAUUAAAUUCAAUGCAUAAAUAUCAGACAAGAUUACAUGUGAUUUUUGCAGAUGAAAUGGAUGAAAUUAUGAGAAAUAAUCGAGAAAUUAGUCAAUUUUGUGCAAAUUCAUCAAAAUGUAUGAAGAGAACAUUUACAUUUCCAGAGACAAAAUUUUUCGCUGUAACCGCUUAUCAGAAUAACCGAGUGACACAAUUGAAAAUUUCUAGUAAUCCGUUUGCUAAAGGAUUUCGUGAUUGUGAUCCUGAUAACUGUCGCAUAGAAAACCAGUUGCAACAUUAUGAUACAAAUGGAAGUGAACAAUGCACAAAUGAUACUGGUCGUAAAAGAACAAUUAGUCCAGAACUUAGAAAAACUACUGAGAAAAAUGAAGCGUACUCAAUCGCUCACACAGUUAAACCAGAUAAAAAGUUAAACAAGAAAUUACGCCCAAAGAGUCAAUUAAUGAUUGCAAAACACGUUAAAACGGCCACUGAAUAUGAUAAUUUGUUUGGGCCUUGUUUAUGUAUCCAUAACCCAAAAAUUCAAAAAACUGAUGAAGUUAAUGAACCUAAAUCCUCAUCAAUGAAUAUUAAGCAUGCAUUAAACAACUUCACUAAUUUAACAUCUAAUUUUAAUUCAAACUAUUUACAAACACCUUUCGUAAGUAGUUUAAAUGAAAGUGAAAAAGUUGGGAUUCUUUCAUCUCCUAUGUGUAAUAACUUUGAUACAAAGUCAGACAAUAGUAUUUUAGCUAAUACCCCAAGAGGAUUACUUAGGAAUAAUGCUUAUCAAGAUCUAAAUAUAGAUAGUAAAAUGUUUCCUAACCAUGGAUCGAUAGAUACUUUUCAAAACAAUAAAUUCUAUCAUACUGAUAAUAAAGAACAGAAUUUCAACGUUUACACGUUAUACAAACCAUCUUCAAUUUCAUAUGAUUGGUUAGACGGAGAAAGUGGGGCGCAAUUUCAUUUUCAUGAAACUGCAAAGGAAACAUGUCGUUUUUCAUCCUCCCAUCAAGAAUUAUCUUCUAGUUUAUCCAAACCAUGUACUAUUCAUAAAGAUACUAACAAUGGUAAUGUUAGUUCAAAUGUAGUAAGUGAACAGCUGAAUAACCUAACCUGUCAAACUAUUAUUCAAGAACACACUGGAAAUUCUCAUUUUACUGGUAAUGAGGAUGAAGCUAUUGCCCAUCCCCAUGAAAUUAAGAAUGUCACGGAGGAAAUGAAGUAUUUCAUUAGAACAUAA